AUGGGCUCCUACGCAGAGGAAGAACGUGUUGCUGUCCUGAUCGGGGCUACCUCCGGAAUUGGAGUUGACAUCCUGAAGCACCUUUGCUCCCGAGGAUGGAGAGUAGCAUUCACGGGACGGCGCCAGGAGGCUGGGGAGCAACUCCUAGAAAGCCUGCCGACAAACAAAGCAUUCUUCUAUGCCGCCGACGUUUCGAACUAUAAUGAAACUGCCGAUGUAUUCCAGAAAGUACACAAACGCUUCGGGCGCAUUGAUGCGGUGUGCGUCAAUGCCGGUAUCGUUGACAAAUCCUCCAUCUACAUCUACGAUAAACAGAGCCGAGCCGUGGAAGACAUUCCUCCUGCCCCGGACACCUCUGUCGUUGAUAUCAAUUACAAGGGUGUGGUAAAUUGCACUCAGCUUGCUACACACUUCAUGCGAUACAAUCCACAGCCAGGCGGUCGAAUUGUUAUCACAGGUAGCAUUGGGAGCAUCUUCCCCCACAAGUCCUACCCGAUCUACUGUGGCACAAAGUCCGCUGUGAACCAAUUUGUCCGCGGUGUUGCUCCUCUUUUGAAACAGAAGGAGAAAAUACUUAUCAAUGUCGUACUGCCCGGUAUCUUGGACACACCGAUUGUUCCACCGGAGAUGAUCAAGGCUGUCACACCUGAAUGGUGA